GUGCACAAUGGAUAAGGCCUCCUCAAGGAUCAUAACACUGAAUCUGGUGCUUUCUCUGGCUCUUUUGCAUGGAGAGGCCGCGCACCUUAAGAUCGGUGUUCCAGAAAACUAUGAUGGUAUUUUCCCAUGGUACCUCACCAAGCUGCCGGACCUCCCGUUAACAUACACUGAUCUGACGGUAAGCGGUGAUGACGAGGGCAUUUUCGGAGUGGAGUCUGGAUUCCUGUACGCCCUAAAACCACUGGACCGGGAAAAGCAGCCCUCAUACUCCCUACACGUGUCCUUCACAGCAUCCAUGCACCCCCAGAACUUCAAUGUGGAGGUGUGCGUCAUUGACAAGAAUGACAACGUGCCUGUGUUCCUGGAGGAGAGCAUGAGAGGCUCCGUGCAGCUGGGUCUACUGAAAGCGAUCCCGUUCAUGGAAGUGGAGGCCCUCGACCGCGAUGAUCGCAACACUGCCCACGCUGACCUACGCUUCAGCCUUUUGGACCAGACACCCCGAAUCCCAGCCAGCCACAUGUUCCACAUAGAUGCCAUCACAGGCGAGGUGUCUCUCACUGAGGAUGGGGCCUCCACGCUGGACCCUGAGAUGUGUGGCCGCUAUAAGCUCUCGGUGAUGGUGCAGGACAUGGGUGGAAAGGCUAAUGCGUUUUUCUCCACUGGAACCGUGCUGGUGGAGGUGACGGGGAACACAUGGGCCUCUCCUGACCCAGUGAGGCUGCAGGAGAACCUGCCAGGACCAUACCCCAUCCCCAUCUCCCAGGUGAAGUGGAGUGGUAGUCCAGUGGAGUACAGUCUGGAAGGAGAGUUUCCAGAGAUGCUCUUCACCAUCAGCAGAGAAGGAGUCAUCUACCUCAACGCUCCACUGGACAGAGAAACACAGGACCAGUUCCACAUCAGUAUUGUGGCGGAGCGGCCGGACGGCAGGGAGAUCGCUAAGCCCGUAGAGCUGAGGGUCAUGGUGGGAGACGCUAAUGACAACAGGCCCACCUUCCCUCAGAUGCAGUAUCACACUGUGGUCAAGGAACUUGCAACGAAAGGAACUGAAAUUCUCACAGUGCAGGCGGCCGACAAUGAUGACCCCAAAACGGAUAAUGUGCGGAUUUUUUACCGGCUGGCGGGGCAGGUGCCCGAGAACCCCCGCAACCUGUUUCGCGUUGACCGAGACUCAGGGGUCAUCACAGUGCAGGCCGACAGCAUGGAGGGCACAGCUCCACAGUACACACUCACCAUCACUGCAGAGGACGCUAAAGGACUGAACAGCUCCUGCACUGUAAUCGUCAAAGUUCUGGAUGAAAACAACAAUCCACCAGUCUUCUCUCAGCAUGAGUAUGGGCCGUUUCACCUGGCGGAGGAUGCUCCGGUGGGUGCCACAGUAACAGCAGUAGCAGCGUGGGAUGCUGAUGAAUGGGGUGGAGACAGCUGGGUGGUGGAUUAUAGGCUGGAGUCUGGUAAUGAGGAGGAAGUCUUCACCCUGGUGACGGACAGACAGACCAACGAGGUCUCCCUCGUCCUCGAUAAGGUGCUUGAUUUUGAGCGGGAGAACGAGUACAUUCUGGUACUGAGUGCUCAGAACCCCGUGGCUCUGGUGCGGGGCAGGUACGGCCCAGCCUCCACCUCUACUGUCUCCAUCUUCAUCGACGACAUCAACGAGGGUCCUGUUCUCUCCCAGAGCCACUAUGAGGUCACAGUCAGGGAGGGGGAGGAGCCAGGACGGGUCAUCGCCACAAUCAGGGGUUACGACCCUGACUCUCAUCCAAUCAGAUACUCGCUGCGAGGGGACACUAAGAAGUAUUUCUCUAUUGGGAAGUAUUCAGGAGAGCUGAAGACAGUACAGGCUCUGGACAGAGAGGAGAACAGCACCUACACCAUGGAGGUGGUGGCUGAGGACGGACGCAACUCAUCUCUCUCUGCUUCCGCACUGGUCACUGUGCAUAUUUUGGAUGUGAAUGAUAACAGUCCAGUUCUAGUGGGCGAUUACUCAUGGAAGUACCUGUGCACUCCACGGUGGGAGGACCAGGCCUUGGUGCUGGCGUCUCGGGACAGUGAUGGCCCACAGCAUGGCGGCCGGCUCAACUUUUCCCUCCGCAGUGACCCCAUAGUGCGCCGCAACUGGAAACUGACACCCAUCAACGACACUCAUACCAACCUCUCUCUGAACAUCGCGUAUCUGUCCCCUGAUGUUUAUACUGUCCCGUUCACCAUCUCGGACAGCAGCUCUCCUCCCAGAAGCACCUUCAUCAACCUGCCAGUGACUGUGUGCACAUGUAACGUGAGGGGGAACUGCCGGACUGCAGCCAAGCAGCUCGCAGGGAUGCCCACAAUCCAGUCCACUCUGGGUAUCCUGCUGGGAACUCUGGGAGUUAUAGGGAUCAUACUGAUAGUCGUCUUUGUGAGACUGUCCUAUCAGAACCCUCCACCGUCUGGAAAAGCCAACCAGGAGAGAGUGCCUCUCAAAAUGUCACUGUAAAUUAUAGAGUCAUUUAGCGCCUUUUUCUCAUUCAUUGUGCACAAAUCACACAGAAAAAUGAACCUGAAUCCUAAUUAACCUCUUUUUUUACCGUGCUAGUUCUUGUUCCUGUUCAUAUUAAGCAUGAUUCAUCAUAUCAUAUCAUUUAGAAGACAAAAUUUGCAGUCUUUCUUUAAAAUGGAAUGAUUUCUAUUCUGGUUAGCGUUUGCCAACUGCCUUCUUUGCAUCUGUAGUCGUCUCAUCUUUUUCAUCUUUUUUUCCUGGUUUAUGUUCUAAUUAAUUUUGUACAUAUUUUCUGUUUUAUCAGUUUGCGUUUUUGCAGAGAAACAAGUAUGCAGGGAAGCUAACGUUCGUGCUACAACAGCGAAAAGGCUGUCAAAAUGACUAAAUACUAUUUACACAAUUCAUACAAAAAAACCCUGAAAAUAAAGAGAAAUAGGUACAAAAUGGAUUUAAACAUUACCAAGAAACGGUGGAACUUGGUGAGGAGAUAACUACAGAUGUGUUGUUCAGAAAAGGGAUAUGCAUCACACUACCUUUUGCCUGUCAUCCAUAAGAUGUUUCAUCUCUCCCACCCAACAUCCCACCUAUCAUCGAGAGGAAGUGCUCAGCUAGCUCAGAGACCCUCCUUGAUUCCAGAUUUUGUUCUGAAAUAUGUCACAGUAUGGAAGAAAAAGAAGACUUCACAUUCAUGUUGACUUUAACUCCACAGUUUUUCUUUAUUUAACACUGGGGAUGGGAUUAGGAAAGACUGCAAUAGACUCUAGGACAAGUUUCUGACACAGUUUUAUGAUUUUUUGUAGUUUAAGCUACGCAGGUACUUAGAGAAAUCAUGUAUAUAGAAAUUUCAGUGUUUAGUGAGCCAGUAACAUCUAACCUAUUUACCUGAUCACGGUGUGUAGAGCAGUGGGUGUUAAUGUAGUGUUACUGCAUUCGGGAUUAGCAGGGGGUCUGUUGUUUAUUCCACUCAAUCUGCAUGAUUACAUCAUCUUUCCUUGUUGCUUUUGUCUUUAAUGUGUUUUAUGUAGCUGUAAAUGCUGUAUUUGAAUGGAUAAUUAUAUUUUGUUAGUUUCACCCCUCUUUGCACUGUCUGCCUUUUAGUGACUGAAAU